UGACUUACAAAAGUCAAAGUUCACGCACAUGUACUGACAGAAAAUAUGUCGCAUGUUCUAAUGUUUUACGGUUUUUGUGGCGUUUGUAAGCAAGCCUAUUAUGUUCUGGUAAAUUAGAAAUGAGACCAGGAUUAUUGUGCUAAAUGUAAUAUAGGAAAGGUUAAAUAAAGAUAAAAAUGGAUUUACCUCUUGAUAAACGGUUUUCCCACAUCGGAAAAGACCCUCGUUUUCAGAUGAUGCCAAAGCAAGAACGUAAAGUAAAAAUCGACAAAAGAUUUCAAGAUAUGUUCAAGAACAAACAAUUUAAAUUGAAAUACACAGUUGACAAACGAGGUCGUCCACUAAACCAGUCCUCCUCCGAAAAUCUUAAACAGUUUUAUGAACUUUCAGAUGAUUCAAAUGAUGAAUCUGACAAGAUUCAAUCAGAAGAGAAAUCAUUUUCAGCAAAGAAGAAACUUGAGAAGAAAAAAUCAUCAAAAUUAUCCAAUUCAAAUUUGAAAGGAAAACAGAGUAAUAAAAAGAAAUUAAUUGAAUUACUGAAGAAAAGGAAAGAAAGAUUACAAAAGAAAUCAAUACGAGAUAACAAAAAACAAUCUAAGAAUGUACUAAAUUUAGCAAAUGAAGAUGAAAUGGAUCCUUCUGACGAUUCUGAUGUAGAGUUUGAUCCAUUAGGAGUUGAUGUAGCUCGAGGGAAGGGUAAUGUAGAAUCAAGUUCCGAGUCAGAAUCAGAGAGUGAGGAGGAAUUAGAGCAUGAGUGGGGGGAACUGGACGCAGAUGCUCCCCGGAGUGAGGACACAUCAAGGCGGAUUGCAGUCUGUAACGCUGAUUGGGAUCGUAUAAAAGCUGCUGAUCUGAUGGCUGUUUUCCAUUCCUUUAAACCUACUGGUGGACUUGUACAAUCAGUGAAGAUAUAUCCCUCUGAAUUUGGUCUCAAGAAAUUGGAAGAGGAAGACAAACAUGGACCAGUCGAACUUCUCCAAGACGACGGCAAAGAAAUAGAUUGUGAGAGUUUAGAAGGACAGAAACUACAGAUGGAAAGGCUGCGAAAGUAUCAGCUGCAAAGGUUACGAUAUUAUUAUGCUGUCGUUGAAUGCGACUCGCCUCAGACAGCCGCUGCCCUAUAUGAAAAUUGCGAUAACCUCGAGCUGGAAACUACUUCCACCAGGCUGGAUCUCAGGUUUAUCCCAGAUGAUGUUACUUUUGACCAUGAGCCCACAAGUUAUAUAACGGAUGCUGGUGACAUGACAACCUACAAACCGUCAAAGUUCAAAACGACCGCACUACACCAAUCAAAAGUUGAGUUAACAUGGGACGAAACUGAUAGAGAACGAACGAGGAUUAUGCAGCAAGCAUUUGAAAAUGACGAGUUCAAUGAUCAGGAUAUGAAAAUGCUCAUCGCAUCCAGUGAUGAUGAUGAAGAUGAGGAAGAUAUAUCCGGAGUUGAGAAAGGAGUCGCUCGUUCUAAUGAUGAAGACCAAAUAGCAAAGUACAGAAGUCUUCUGAAGGAAGUGAAUGAAAAGGAAAAGAGAGACCCGGAAACGAAUGAGAUGGAAAUGGAAGUAUCAUGGGAAUCAGGCUUAAAGGAAGCAACUGAAGCAUUAGUAAAGAAAAAAAUGACUGAAAAGGAAGAGCAGCUGACACCUUGGGAAAAAUACAUGAAGAAAAGGAAGGAAAAGAAGAUGGAGAAAAUUGCAAAGAAACAGAAAAGUGUCAAUCAAAAAGUAAAUCCAAAGGGAAAGAAGAGGAAAAGAAAGGAGGAGGAUAUGAAACCUGAGGAAUUGGAAGAAAAAGAAAGAAAAAGGGCCGAGUUGGAACUGCUUCUUAUGGAAGAUGAAGAUGAUGGCAAAAAGCAUUUCAGUCUAGAUGCCAUUCUUGAAAAUGAACAGACGCUCAAGAAGAAAAAAAAAAAGAAGAUAAAGAGCGCUCCCUUCCAAGAUGAUUUUGAAAUUGAUGUGAAGGAUCCACGAUUUAGUGCAGUUUUCACCUCCCAUCAUUUUGCCAUUGAUCCUUCUGAUCCGCAUUUCAAACGGACAAAGGCAAUGCAAGCUCUGAUUGAGGAGAAGCAGAAACGAAGAGGUGAUAAAGAAAAAGCAUUUGAAAUUGAGGGUGCAAACGAGGAUGCAAAGCCAAAGAAAGGUGACAAGGAAGAACUUAGUAUGCUGGUUAAAUCUAUAAAAAAUAAAACAAAUCAGUUUCAUGAACGUAAAGGCAAGAAGAAAAGCAAAUUUAAAUAAAAUGUAUUUAGAAUAGUAGCUGGCCCAUUCAGUAGUCUGAUGAAACCUGUUGAUUUACUUGUUUCGGGGAGACAACUGACAAUAAUUGAAGUCUGUCUCGAUUUCCAGGAGACUACCUCGACUUGCAAGAGACUUUAGUGUAAGAACUAGGGUGCUUAUUGUAGUUGAGGUUAUUAAUAUUAGUUCAUGUGUAUUACAAUAAAUUUCUUAAUAAAUUUUAAAAAAAUGAUUGGUUAUAUAAAUUUCAGAAACUCAAAUUAGGAAAGUAAAAAUGAUUACCCAUAUUUGGGACAAUCCUAGAAAUUUUCAGAAUUCACGAGCAGGCCAAUAAUUAUUAGAAAUCUAUACACAUUUGCAAAAAAACCAUUACAGACCCACUUACACCAUCAGAGUAGAGAGUCAUGCAUUAGGCAUUGGUAGAUUUAAGCCCAGCUGGCCGACUCCCCCUCCCCCAUCUUAAAUUUUUUUAAAUUUAGAAAAAGAUAGAGAAAAAAAGAAAAUAAUACUCAAAUGUAAGUCUGGGAGUGCCAGUUCCGGUCAUCUAGAAUUGCCUUUAAUUAUAAUUUUUCUUACUACCAUGGUUGGUGCUGAAGUGUCCAGACCCAGACUGUCCUGUGAAAAUUGCUCCCUGGUCCCCCUCUGUUUCGAAUUCCUGGAUCUGCCACUGUUUGGUGCUGUUUUAGGUCGUAAAUGCUUUGUUUUUAACCUCAACCAUUUAUUAUGUAAUGUUGAUACGGUAUUUUAAAGGAAAAAAAAAUUGUAAAUUUUAAUAAGGUUUAUCGAAAAGAUAUUUAUUAAGCUAUUUAAUUGUGGUCCAAAAUAGGCUAAAAUAUAAUAGGAGAGAUAGCAUUACUGCAUAUGUUACAAACUUUUAGAGGGCAGUAUAGAGUAAGUGAAGUCAAAUUUUACUUCAGGUGAAAAGGAAGAUGUGUAUCAAUUACAUGGCAACGUGAUUAACAAGUAUUAAUAAUGAUGCAUCAAUUUUUAAUGCUGAUUAAUGAAGACGAUCAGAAAUGUUAACAAGACGCGGUCUAUUGUGAGUUGGCAUUUUAUUAGUUGACACGCAGCUUGAGCAAAUUAUACGCAAGUAUUUCAAUCUCCCAAAAGCACAACACAGAAAUUUCAUCAACAAAUUUUGCUAGUCAUUAUUACAUUAAUUAUCUGAAGAAUUGGGAAGUACAAGAAUUGUUGUGCAGCUGUAAUUCCAAUAUUAUUGGUUGUGGGUUUGAAUCCGAUGUUGGUUACAUUGCUUGUGUUAUUGGUCUCCUGUCUCAGUUCCUCUCCCCUCACCAACAACUUGUAACUUGGAUACAUAGCAAGCAAUCAAGAUUUCUCCCUUCCCAACCUUUAGGAACAUAACAUCGAAUGAGUUUUUCCAUUUUUCUUAGUGCUUGAGCACUGUGGGAAAGAAAGUUUUUCUGGCAGCUUGAUAUCUGGUAAACAAUGGGUAUUCAAGUUUACUACCUUGCAUUAUGCAAUAUAAAUUCUGUAGCAUUGCUAAACAAUGUAACAACAUGCAGUCAGCAUUCUUGUGUUUACUUUUUAACACGCUUUAAGACAAAACAUUGUAAUGAAUUGAAAAUAUUCAUGGGAGUAUGCAGGAUUAAGUUUAAGAUAUUUGCACAGCCUGAAUAAAGCUUUAACAUUGUAUAGUGAAAAAAAAGACAGAAUUUGCAAAUAUUGAUAGUUAAAAACAAAUAGUAAACAAUUUUACAAUCUUCCUUUACAAACAGAUUUUAUAUCUUUUGGGGGUGUUUGACGUCAGUAGUUUGGAAAUAUUCAUGAAUUAAUUGAGAGCGGUGGUGGUAUGCUGCCCAAUGACUUGUUUCUUUUAAUGAUGUGAUGCUUUAAAGUACUUUUACCCAUUGAAAUAUAUUGAAUAUCAGAUGACAA